UCAAAAAUGACUGUCAAAGCUGUAAAAAUGGGGUGCAUGGCCCCAAAUGUCUAUUCUAAAGUGCCUGAUGGAGGAUGGGGUUGGACAGUUGCUUUUGCUUUCUUCUUUGUGGAAGCACUCACCUACGGCAUUAUAAAAUCAUUUGGUGUCUUCUUUAAUGACCUGAUGGAAAGCUUUGAUGAAACCAACAGCAGGAUAUCCUGGAUAAUAUCCAUAUGUGUGUUUGUGCAGACCUUCACAGCUCCUCUGUCAACAGUCCUCAGCAAUCGCUUCGGUCACCGCUUGGUGGUGAUGGCCGGGGGGGUGCUCAUCAGCACCGGCAUGGUCAUCGCCUCCUUCGCCCGCUCUGUUGUGGACAUGUACAUCACCAUCGGCGUCAUCUCUGGCCUCGGAUACUGCCUCUCUUUCCUCCCGACUGUCACCAUUUUAUCACAGUAUUUUGACAAAAGGCGUUCGCUGGUCACAGCGGUGGCAUCUACAGGGGAAUGUUUCGCUGUCUUCUCCUUCGCACCAGCAAUUACUGCUCUGAAGGAGCAGAUAGGCUGGAGAUACAGCCUCCUUUCUGUUGGGGUGCUGCAGCUGAGCAUCGUCGUCUGCGGAUCGCUGCUGCGACCCAUCAUCAUCAAAGAGCAAGAAGAAGUGAAAGCGCAGCCUCCAGAAGAGCCCGCGGAGACCAAGUACAUGCUUGAAAAUGAGCAAACACGCACCUCAAUAGAGUCCAUAGACUCAGGAGUAGAAAUAACUACCUCACCCAGCAAUGUGCCUGGAAAAACCAAAGCAGAGCCGAAAAGUGAAGAACCAAAGGAACACGUACAGAUACUUGCUGAAAAUAACAGCACCCCUCCAGAACCAAAAACCAAACUACUGGACUUUUCUGUGAUGAGAGACUAUAGCUUUAUCUGUUAUGCAUUGUUUGGCCUGUUUGCUACCCUGGGCUUCUUCGCUCCUUCCCUCUACAUCAUUCCCUUGAGUCUCAGCCUUGGCAUCGGCAAAGACCACUCUGCAUACAUACUGUCAGCCAUGGCGAUUGCAGAGGUCUUUGGAAGAAUCUCAGCUGGCUGGGUCCUCAACAAGAAGCCCAUCCGCAAGAUCUACAUCGAACUCAUCUGCGUUGUCCUGCUGUCUGUAGCGUUGUUUGCCUUCCCUUUUGCCUCCGAGUUCUGGGGCUUGAUGACAUGUAGCAUAUUCUUCGGGUUCAUGCUCGGAACGGUAGCGGGCACGCAUAUUCCCCUCCUGGCAGAAGACGACGUGGUUGGCAUCGAGAAGAUGUCUUCUGCGGCUGGUGUCUACGUCUUCAUUCAAAGCUUAGCUGGGUUGGCUGGACCACCCCUUGCAGGUGUCAUAGUGGAUACGACACAGAACUACAGCUCAGCCUUUUACUCCUGUGCUGCUGGCAUGGUCCUGGGCGCCGUGUUCCUGUCCCUGGUGAGACCAUGCAAGGUUGGGCUGUGCCACCGCCCGCAGCGGGGCGCAGAGGAGAGCGCGGCGGGAGCUGCUUCAGAUUUACCUGAGGACUUUAUAGACAUGGAUAUUGGAAAAGGAGAAAAUUCGGGAAAAGGAGAAAAUUCGGGAAAGGGUGAAAAUUUGGGAAAAGGCGAAAAUUCGGGAAAAGGCUCUGACAACGUGGUGUAA